GGAGACAUUUGUAUAGCGCUACUUUACGUUGCCGUUACUCUAUGUAGAUAUUGGUACAUCCUAGUUAUCCUCUGCACCUCUAUUGAAAGGAGUGGAACUCUGAAAUAAAACCUAAAGGACACAAAGAUUUGGGAAAACAUGCUGUUUUUAACAGUGAUAUUAAUGAUGACAACGAUUGUAGAUUCCGGAAGGAUAUUACAAGCUUCCAUUGAUAUCAGGCAGACAAACCAGUCUGUAACAAAUGAACAGGAAAUCACUCUUCUCGAAAAGUAUCCAGGACAUUUUCUUACUACGGAGGAACAGAGGGAGUUAGCAAGCAUCACUUACCACAGUAUUUCGUUCAGUGACAAGUUGUCUGUUGAUGAGUGUACAGACCUUGUACAGAAUGGAAAGACGAGCUUGUGUACAAGCACAAUAAUUUCCUCAGUUGCAGUGCCUCACGCCUGUUGUAAAUCGAACAAGACAUUUGUGUCACCAACGACAGUUAUUGACAUCCAGGGUCAAACCAGAACACUGGCUACAAUAGAAAACAGAAGUCAAAUUUUCCCAUCAGAAACUUGCGUGAGUGUUGCUGGCUGCACGUUUUGUACAUGUGAAAUGGAACACUCGCUAUUUCAAGGCGUUUAUGAUUUAGGAGCCAACUACAAUAACACGAGAUAUGGACUGAUGUGGUUUACUCUACCAGCUUGUUGCAAAUGUUUUUAAAUAUAAAUGAGCACAACCUGACGAACCCUA